AUGGGGAAGCCCAAAGGAAAAAAAAAGGCAGAAGAAGAAGAAGCAGCAGCAGCAGCCAAGAGCUGGCUGGCAUGGAAGAGCAGAGUGGCGUACCCAUCGAUGAGCUGCCUGGCGUCCCUGUCCGUGCUCGGUCGAUCAGCUGCUGCGAGUGCUGCUGGCUCUGGCCGGUGCUGCCAUCAUGAGGCUUUGAAGCUUCUGCUCAGGCGCAUCGCAUCGCAACUCGCACGAGUGGGGUGGGGAGAUGGAGAUGGACGGACGCUGCUGUGUAUCGUGUACGCGUGCGUGUAUGUGUCGAUCUGCUCGAGGCCAGGGCCGGCCGGGCAGCGCGCGUGA